AUGAGAGGUACGCAAUGAGAGGUACGCAAUGAGAGGUACGCAAUGAGGGAUACGCAAUGAGAGGUACGCAAUGAGAGGUACGCAAUGAGGGAUACGCAAUGAGAGGUACGCAAUGAGAGGCAGCGGACGAGGCUCUGAAGCGCGACCUGGCGAUGGCGGUGCGCAGCGGGCAGGUGGGCGCCGUGCUGCUGGUGUCGGACGACCGCGGGUACAGCCGUGCGCUGGGGGCCGCCGCUGCUGCCGGGCUCACCACCGUGGCUGUGGGCAUCAACGGGUCGCUGGAGCCGUCGGUGCACCGGUGGUUCUGGUGGGGCGACGUGCUCUCAGGUCGCGCUGUGGCGGACGCCAGGAGAGAGGGGGGAGGGAUGUGGGGCCGGGGGCGAGAGGAGGUGUGGGAGGAGGAGAGGAGGGGAGGAAUGGGGAGAGGGGAGGCGUGGGAGGAGAGGGGGGGAACAGUGGUGGGAGGGGAGGCGUGGGGUGAGGAUGGGGGAGCAGUGGUAGUGGGGGAGAGGGUGGAGCGAGUGAGUGCGGAUGGCGGUGGGGCGAGGGCUGGGCUGCUUGGGGUGGAGGACGUGGGGGGGCGGGGAGGAGGGGUGGGGGGGAGGGAGGAAAGGUGGACGCAUGGGGAUGGGGAUGAGGGGGAGGGCGAGUGGAGAGAUGGUGGGGUGCUGAGAACAUCAAGGUCCGAGGAGAGUGCAGGGCAGUGGGAGGGGGAUGGGGAGGAGUGGGUGGACGAUGUGUGGGAUGAGGAGUGGGAUGAGGACGAGUGGGAGGGAGAGGGGGACGAGGAGGAUGCAAGAAGCCCUGGAAAUGAGGACUUUUCCCAUCGAGUCUUCGGACGCGCUGGCAGUGAGUCACGGCCACACGGCAACUUGUGACAGCUUCACGCUCGCCGUGUCUCACUCCCUCACUCACACACACUGCUGCUGCCUGCCUGUGAUUCAAAACGCUGGGAGGCCAACAGUGGGGCCAAGAAGCCGGUCAUGGGGCCUGUGGGGGAUAAAUGGUAGGCGUACAGUAUCCGUGUAGCCACCUACCGUAAUCCCCCGUAUAUAACACCCGCCGGAAUUAAGCUCCCCCGGGUAGCUUGAGCGGGUAUGGGUGUUCAAUUUUUCUGGAUAUACACAACACCCUACUCUCGGACGUGAAAACUUUUGAACACCCCCCUGCCACUAGAAUCUCCAUUUCUAGCAGGAAACGCCAGAAUUUCGUGUUGCGUCGUUCCGCGGCUCAAUCGCAAUAAAAAACUGCUCGCGCC